AUGCCGGGCAAAGUUGUCAGCCUGAGCAUGCUCUCACUUACUCGUCGGGGUUCUCAGGGACUUAUCCAUCCUGCCUCGCGUUACAACCUCCCUACUUCACAUCACUCCUGGGACGGAGACCCGGUCUCUGAAGGGUUUGCGAUAGGGAAACUGGUCAAGAGUUUGCAGGGAGGUGCCCUUUCCCGGGAAGCCUUUGAUCGAGAAACAGGAGCCACGAUGAAGGGCCCCUUACAGGUGGCCUGGGGAGAGCAACGUGCCAGGUGUCAAGAGCCAAGAGGAGAAAGUGCACGUCGCCCUAAAGCCUCAACCUCCACUGAGAGCUUACGGAACGACCUUCUAACCAGGAAGGCAGGGAUGUUGGUGCAAUUCCUACUGCAGAAAUAAAAAGAGCCCAUUAUGAAGGUAGACAUGCUGAAGGUUGUCAACAAAAUGUACAGGGUGCACUUCCCUGAGAUCCUCAGGAGAGCCACUGAGCACAUGGCACUGGUCCGUGGUCUUGACUUGAAGGAAGUCAAGCCGAGUGGUGGUUCCUAUGCCCUUGUCAGCAAGCUAGACCUCACCGAUGAAGGCAGCCUGAGGAGUGGCUGGCCGCUUCCGAAGAAUGGGCUUCUGAUGCCUCUCCUGUGUGAGAUCUUCUUGAAUGGCGACCGCGCCUCUGAGGAGGAGAUCUGGGAAUUCCUGAGUAUUUUAGGCGUCUGUGAUGGAAUGGAGCAUUCAAUCUUCGGGGACCCCAGGAAGCUUAUCACAGAAGAUCUGGUGCAGGAAAAGUACCUGGAAAAGUACCUGGUGUAUCGUCAGGUGCCCGACAGCGAUCCCCCACGCUAUGAGUUCCUGUGGGGCCGCAGAGCCCGUGCUGAAACCAGCAAGAUGAAAGUGCUGGAGUUUGUGGCCAAGGUCACUGGUACCGUCCCCAGUGCCUUUCCAGUCCAUUAUGAAGAGGCUUUGAGAGAUGAGGGAGAGAGAGCCCGAGCCUGA